UCGACUGUACAGCCGACGAACAGCUCGCACUGUUGUGGAAAAAGCUCUCAAUCUCUAAUUAUCCCGACGUUGAGUUUCCAGCAAAAGCAACAAUGUCCGAAAGAAAAGUAUUAAAUAAAUACUACCCCCCGGAUUUUGAUCCAGCCAAAAUCCCCAAACUUAAACUCCCUAAAGAUCGUCAAUAUGUUGUCAGAUUGAUGGCUCCAUUCAACAUGAGAUGUAAAACAUGCGGCGAGUACAUCUACAAGGGGAAGAAGUUCAACGCCCGCAAAGAGACCGUCAUGAACGAACUGUACAUGGGACUUCCCAUCUUUCGUUUCUACAUCAAAUGCACUCGAUGCCUGGCUGAGAUCACGUUUAAGACCGACCCGGAGAACACUGACUAUGCAAUGGAGCACGGUGCAACCCGAAACUUCCAAGCAGAGAAAAUGGUGGAGGAGCAGGAGAAAAGAGUCGUGCAGGAUCGGGAAGAAGAGGAACUGAACAAUCCCAUGAAGGUGUUGGAGAACCGCACGAAGGAUUCCAAGAUGGAGAUGGAGGUGCUGGAGAACCUGCAGGAGCUGAAGGAGCUGAACCAGAGGCAGGCGCAGGUGGACUUUGAGGGAAUGAUCGACCGGUACAGAGACCUGGAGAAGAAGGAGAAGGAGAGGGAGAAAGAGGAAGACGAGCGGGAGACCAAAGACAUGUUGGAACGAGUCCUUGUGAAAAGACUCCGAGACUCUGACUCUGACGACUCGGAGAGGGAAGAGGAGAGCAGCAGCUCGCAGGCAGAGAAGCCCAUCGCCGACAAACCGACAGACGUCCUCACGACCGCCAAGUCCGCCGACACGCCGGCGUCCUCCUCGACUGGAGGAGUGAAGAAGGCCAAGCUGGAGAGCUGGGAGAGGAGCGUGGGGACUCUGGGCGGUCGAGGGGCUCUGGGGUCUUUGGUGGUGCGAAAGAAACCGGCGGCAACCGUCAACAAACCCAAACCAGCUGCUGCUCCCACUUCACAAACAGAUUCAAAGGGGGCGGACUCCAACAAUGCCUCCAAGCCCGUCACCACACACAAUGGGUCAUCUUCUCUCAGCCUGCUGGGGGCGUAUUCAGACAGCGACAGCAAUGACAGUGAAUGAAUAGAAGAUGCUUGGGAUGUGUUUUUUUAUUAUUUUUGAGUGACGGGGACACAUAAUUGUAUAAAUGAUGCAUUGAGAAAUAUAAUGAUGUGGACCAUUUUGUAAUUGCUGCACACAAAUCCAAACACAGUUUGUGGGUCUAUGCUAUAAAUAUCCUUUUCUCUAAAGAAGUGGAUGUGUUGGUAGGCAUCUGUUCAAACCCAGAUGCUGAGAAUUUAACUUUGAAAACAAUAGUCACAUUUUUCAUGUGAAAAUAUCGAGUGUAUAUUUGAGUGUUUAUUAAAAUCUGUUUGUUUUUGA